AAUCAGAUCGCCUCUUCUAACAUGCAGAAAAAACUGAAGUUGUUGUCCUAUUUCCUCGCUGAGCAAUGUCUGCCGACGGUGAGUUAUACUUAAUUUAUUAUACUUACUUCGUGGGAACGCCACUUUUUUCAGUGAUAUAACACGCACUGUUCUGUAUGUAUGGAGGAUUUCAACGGGGGGAGACAGUUAAUGUUAACUUUAAGUCCGUCGCCGCCAUUACACCACCGAAGAAGCAUAACCCGCCUCCUUCCUUCGGUCGUUUCUUCUUCUUCUCCUUGGUAUCAAACAGAUAGCACGACUGGUCCAAGUGGUUAAAGGAGGUUUAGUCGCGAGCUAGUCCGGUUUAGACGCUCGCUGUCUCUGAAUUGACCUGCUGUUUAUAUCGUAGCUACAGAGCUAGCAUGAGACAUCGCUAACCACCACGCCGACGGGCUGUUAGCCAUGUUGCUAGAAAGACGGCCAUCGUUGCAACACGGUCCUAGUUAGAUCAUCUGUCUGAGGAGCUAACGGCUAACCGUAGCUUUACCUUAAGUUAGCUGUGGAGCUAAUGAUCACAGUGGCUUUACAAAGACCUACAGCAAUACUGAUCGAGGCGCUAACGCGGUUUUCUUGAGAUAAAAACAACAUAUUUGCUAUAUUAUAGACAUCAUCUAAUCUACAUGAAAUACACUUAGCAUUGGCUCCCGAUAGGUUAUCAAGCGAGGCAUGAUAUUACAUUAACGGCGUUACUGUUAAGUUUAUCUGUCUUAUUUAAGUAGGAUGAUAUUUGUUAGAUUAUGGGAUAUUGUUGAUUACACUAAUCAGGUUGGGACAGAUGUAGAUCACUCCACAUGUGGUUUUUGAGAGCUGUACUGUCAGACCGACAAAGUAUCAGCUGCACUUGAAUGGUACAGACUGUUAGAUGCAAACCACAAGUGGUUUAUACAGUUAAUGCUGUCAAAGAGACACAGACUUUGACUAAACUGCCACCCCUAUAGGAAGCACCUGGGCAUUGUUAGUUUGUGUGAUCUAUACACCGACCAACCAUAAGAUUAUCAGUGCAGUGACAAUUUACUACAACGCAGUACAGAGGAUGUAGUGGAGUGUGGAGUGGAAGGUGUUGUUCCUUAUGCUUCAUCCACUCCAAUUGCAAAAAUAUAACCUCUUCGUUAUAUAUAACACACUCCAGAAUACAGCAAACACCCCGUCCAUCUUUAAUUUAGGCUGUGUCCGAAAUGGAUCCCUAACCCCUAUUUAGUCGACUAUAUGGGGGGUUAACGCCAUUUUGAAGGGUGUCCAAAACCUGAGUGAUCAAUUCCAAUGCCCCAUAUAGACGACUCACUCACAGGUGGUGGGCAUCCUGUCAUGCAUUGCAUCUUGCCAUGUAGUGUCCGAAACCUCCAGUAAUUGAGCUAACUGGAUAGUCAGCUAUAUAGUGAAAUCCCAUAUGGGGGUUAGGGGUUAGGGGUGAUUCAUUUCACACACAGCCUUAGAUCCAUACAGCUUUUAGAUUUUCUACUCCGAGUACAUGCAACAUCUUGCAAUCAGAUCUGAAACUCCAAAGUCUGGUCUCUCUCAAUGUAUUCCAACCUAUGAUAAAUUCCAUUACAUCCAGGCUUCAGGAGUGCAAAUGUUUGACUAAUCUUGUAAAUUCUUUUUAACUAAUUUUGCAAAUUCAGUUAUCAUUUGUAUUCUUUGUAUUCUAUAUGAUUAAUGUGAUUAUGUGUUGAAACUGUAUGUGCUGCCUGUCUGGCCAGGUCUCACUUGCAAAAGAUCUUGGAGCUCAAUGGGACAAACCUGGUUAAAUAAAGGUUAUGAUAAUACUAAUAAUUAAAAUAAAGCGCAAUAAUCCCCUGUUCAUAAUGUCAUAAAAAAAUGAAAAUUUAAUAUCUAUCUAUCUAUCUAUCUAUCUAUCUAUCUAUCUAUCUAUCUAUCUAUCUAUCUAUCUAUCAACUAUCUAUCUAUCUAUCUAUCUAGCAUCAAUGGACUGUGUGAAAUGUCACUUUAUUAAGAUGCUGUAAUCCAGAGGAAUGCCAUUUGUUGGGGAUUGUUCAGUACAUUUCUUUUAGCAAUGAACAGAAGAAAAAAGACUACAAAUAAAAAAUUUUUUAACGACAUAUGGAAAGGAUACCCUAGGCCUAAGGGAAAGAACAUAGACCAAGAUAACCCUCUAGUCACGUUUGACUGCCUUAUUCCUAUUCAGCAGUGCCAAUCAGACAUUAUAUAGUAAAACAAAUGUGCCCCUUUAAAAAAAUGAAACUUUGUCUUACAAUCCCAGUUGCAUAAUUUUGGAUUGAAUGAGAGCACAUUUUCCAGGCUUUAGGGUUAUAGUCAGACUAGUAAAGCUGAAAAGCGGUCAAGUGACGUGUCAAGUGAUCUGUGACAAACAACAAAGCUAUUGAAAACUGUAAUCCCUAUUGAUUAUGUUAUAGCCCUGACUGUUAAAACUGGGAGAUGUAGCUGCGGUGACUGAAAUGUUUUCUGUUAUUUCUUAAACUCAGCUGGUGUACUUUAUGGUCUAAUUGGUAUCUAGUCAAUUAGGAUUGUUUUCAAUUUAAUUGUAGUUAUAUCUAGGAGCAGCAUGAGCCGUAGCUCACUCGCUGCAGGGCUCAUGGAGUGUAUGUCUAAUUGAUGUUGAGACAAACCAUCAGCUCAGCACAGAAAAUGACACAGCGAGACAAAGGGAGAGAGACUUGGCUGUGUCUCUACCUGAGCAGAACCAUGCUUGGUCAAAAUAACAAUUAGCACAGACUCAUUGCCUGGUGAGUCAUCUUGGCAGCCCAAAAGUCAGCCUCCUGGCUCUUAUGUCCAAGCUGUUGUCUUGAUAAUAUAUGCAGGCCUAUCUUUUCAUCAGGAGAGGGCAAUGUUCACAGUCUGAACUGAAAUGUACCGCACUGCUGGUUUGGCAUCUGUAUAAGGCUCACGUUGGGGUUUGACUUUGAUAUUCAAAGCAUGCUGAGUUUGUGCACUGUUUCACCUUUAUCUAAAUCAGUUUUGCAUUGCUGCGUUACUAAUGAAAUGUUUUUCAUUUUGUAUUCCCCAGCAGCCAUGGAGACUUCUUCAGUGUACAUGUGCUUCCCCUGCUACCAGGAGUUUAACACUCUAGAGGAGGUGCUUGAGCACCAGCUGACAUGCACUGCCGAGGAUGAACAGCCAGACACAUCUGGAUCCACCCCCAUCACUGUCCCAGUUCCAGUGCUACAGACUCAGGUAUAAACUGACACAGCCAACUUCCCUUUUCUAUCAUGUGAUUAUGUUUGGGUGUUUAAAGUGCAGGGUCUUUUGUUUAUCUAGGUCAUGCUAACACUAUGUUGCCUGAAAUGACCAACUGUGUGAUCACAUAAAAGCUUCUGAAUCACAGCUUGAAACUGACAUUGAAGUCAUAAGCAUAACUUGAGUCAUAAAUUGACAGCGCACAGCUACUCAACAUAGUAAUAGUGACCUUGAUCAGGGCACCUAACAUUGAACUGUUUGUUAUGAUUUACUGACUCACUUCAAGGCGCCACUCUGUAUUAAUAUCUGAUUUAGGUGUGUGCUGAUGUCCUCUUUUUAUGUAGCCUCCCUUCAUUGGUUUUAAUGGGGUAGACGAGAUAAUGGUAACACCUGUCAGUAUAUUGCAUUAUAAUACAACAGCACUACGAAUUGCAGCCUUCAAAAUAACCACAGAGAUGAUAACAACCUCAGUUUCAAGAGCAAUAUAACCUUCAUAAAAGUUUGAGUCUUAGCCAGGUACCUCAAAAAAAGCAGCAGUAAGAAAGCUUUUCCUACCACUAUUAUUUGGUGAUAAUUGGUAAUUAACAUCUCUCUUUGUUCCCCUUGUUUAAGUAGUGGAAGUCUCAGGAGCAACUUAAAAUCUCUCUGAGUUAGAGGGCAGUAUAAAUACAAUGUUAACAAAAUAAACACAAACUACAAAGAAUAUUACCUCUAUUUGUCAAAAUGCAAGUUAACACAGACGGCAAAAUAAAGUUAUGAGCAAAUAUCUGAAAAAAUCAGGACAAACUUUGUUUAUUUCUGUCCACAAAAUCGAGUAUUUGGUAGUGGUCCCAGUUCAUCCUUAAUCUCUGGGAACAAUCUUCCUCCGCAACAAGAACAUGUGCAAACAUUGUGCUGUAAAAAUUGAAUUUGAACAAAUGUCAGCUACUAAAUCAUUGCAUCAGUUCAGUUCAGACCUCUAAUGAAUUGGCAAAGGCUGAGCCAUCAGGUCUCCAAUUAUUCAGCUCUUUUUUUUUUUUCCCAGGUACUUAAGUGCUACCUGGAACUGCUUUCUGGAACAGUGUAAUGGCAAAAUAACACAUUAGCACUUUGUUUAUAUCGCAGUAAUGAGUCACUGUAGAGGCAAACAGGUGUAAUGAGCAAAAAUAUGGUAGUGCUGAAAGUGGAUUCAUUAUGGAGUGUUGGACUCUGAAAUCAGUCUUUAUAUUUGAGAAAAUGAGACAGAGCCACGUUCUUGUAUUUGCAUGAGCUGUGAUCUGCCGUAUACCAGGCAUACCAGUCCCUGGGUGAGCUUUGUUCGAAAAGUGUUGAUGCAUGCACAGUGAUUGUGUGAUGCAGAACAACAGCAACAUGGAUAAAGUGAUACAGGCAACAAGUUGUAUGCAUAGACUGUAUAUAGAAUAGACAGUCUUUUCCUUGCUGGGUGAAGCCACUCUGAGAACAGCACCCUCUGGUGAUGGACUGCAGUAUAGGUCAUAAAUCCCGCCUCCUCCAGCAAAGCUUAUGGAGCUGUGGACAAACUUUAGAAAUUUAUUACACAGAACAUAAAUUUUUCUCCCCCCUGCUUGCGAUGUUGACAUGUAGUUACUGUCAGACUGGUUUGUGCUCAAGUCCUCUUUUUUCUGUGAAGCUCUGUUUUUAAAAAUUAUUAGGGGGUUCAUGUUUUCUUUGAUUGACACCUGAUACAGCCAUUUGGCGUUCAGGGAUUGCAUAGCUCACUCGGGUGAUAUGCUGCUUGAGCCAAGUGUCAUCACAGCAACUCAACGCUGGUUUCAGGAAAUGAAGAAAAAUCCCGGAAAUACCGAGAGCUUCUUGGCUUCAAAUGUGUAUACAGGCAGGAGGCGGAACCAAGUUGUCCAUAGUAUAUACAGUCUAUGGUUGUAUGUAACUUAAGGGAAAGAUGUGAAAAACUGCAAGCCAAGUUUGGGCCUAGCAAACCGUAUGAAAAAGACAUGCAGGAUCACCUCAGUGCCCCUAAUGCUCGAGUAUAACACAACAGGAUGUGUUCAGCAGAACUCCAGGGAAAACUUUCCUCUUUCAUUCGGUCUUUUUGUGCAUUUUUCGGUAUAUAAGUUCAUAUUUCCCUCUUGAUUUGUCUACUAGUGAAAUUGAUUGGCCCGAAGAGCUUUGAAGCGAAUCCGGUGUUAUUUUAUCAUUACAUGUCCUGUUAGGGAAAUAUAUCCUUUUGGGAUGAACUUCAUCAAAAUGCUGUGCACUAUUGAUUCUCAGGUCUACAAAGACACCAUUUGAAUAACAAAGUUUGAAAGUUCUAUAAUACGCUGAGUUAUUCUGUUUAACUUUGACAUAUUGAGUUGAGUCUCGGUGUGGCUGGCACUUUUCUUCUUUUGGCUCUCCCAUGACAGCCUCAGAAGGCCUUUAGGGUUAAAAGCAGUCUUUGGCCCUCGUUUAGCAGCGGGGCACGGCUGUCUGAGCUUGUGCCCAGACUUCCAUCCUAACAGUCUUCAACACACGUCCAUAAAGCCCAGUGACACUCUUGACAGACAAAUUGCAUCCUGAGUUGCCAGCAGGAAGAGGGGGCAUGAGAAAUGCAUCAGUCAGUGCUGUACUUUCUCUUUGAUGGAUGGCUCAUCGGCCUCCUUAUAGAUGAAACAGCUGUAGAAACACUAUUAAACCUGAGUACCUUAUGGCCUCCUGCCUUUCACUUUACUAUAAACCUGUUUAUUGCCAACUCUUUCACUUCAUUAGACAGAUCAUCAUAAUUUCUGGAUUCUUGAUUUAACUUUGUGAUUAAACUGUGGUUGUUAGAGUCUCUCAUGCAAAGAUAUAGCAAUUAUUUUUUCCUUCUAUCUUCUAGUCAGAUGGAAUUAAGAAAAAUCACAGCAACAGAAAAGUAAAAUUUCAAAGCAGAUAGCGCUUAAAGGUAACUCAAUGUUGUCUCUGGUAUCUAGGAAAUGAGAGGAUCAAUCUCCACCGCAGAAUGGGACAUCAAUUUCCACUUAAAAAUCCACUUUACAAGUCAGAGUUAGUUCUUUUUCCUCUGAUUUUGUUCAUAUUGUUAAAUGAAUUCACCUCUUCCUCUCAAUCCUUUAAAGGACCAAAGGGUGACUUAUCUGCCUCAUCAACAUACUCACAUAGAGGCUCUCCUAAAAUAAUGAAGUAAUUUGGUAUUCAGAUUUGCGAGGGCUGAGCUCGAAAGCUGGAAUCCAAAUUCUUGGUACUACAAUAGUAUUUAAUGGUUCAAUGAUUGUUUUAACAUGCCAACUUUGUGGUCAAGGGUUGUUCAGCUGGUGCUGUAGUCUACUUGAAGUGAAUCCUCUGCUGUUUAACCUCAAUGCUCUGGCUUUCUUCUUUGAUGGGGGGAUUUGCUAUGAAAUUGCUGGGGCCAUAUUUCUGAGGGAGUACUCAGGGGACCGGCAGUCCGUCGGCUCCUCUUACACUCUCUGCUCCUGCAGAUAGCUGUCAGUAAAGUCAGUUGAACCACUUCUGAACACUAAAUAUAAAAGACUGUCUUACAGUCUUGAAUUUUAUGAUUUAGCAUGAGUCACUUUCUCUUUGUGGGAUUUAGAUGUUUUUUUUUGCCAAACAGGUAAACAGAAAGACAUUAGAGACUGCUGGGCUGGAAAGCAUUGAUGGUUGGUUGGGUGCAGCCUUGUAAAACCUUUUGCUAGAACUGCCAAGACGUGCUGUUUUACUUCAGCCUCAUAUUGUAAAUAUUGAAUUUAAAGCCUCUCUUGUGUUCAAAAUGUCAUUUGGACUAAACAAGUGUUUCUACUCCUUUUAAAGCUAGAAAGAUGUAGAGGAAACUUAAAGCUAGAUGAUACAUAAAGCUUACAGAAUCGAGUAAACCUAUUACAGUGAAAACAGUCUUUAAUGGACAGAUAUGAAAAGUUAUCUCCAAAAUUCACUUAAGGUUCCAGUGACAUUUUCCCCAUUUGUGAUUAAAAAUUCAAACAUCAGUUUUACCUCAGACUGUAAUUUAUGAAACAUUUUAGUUUUUCACUUUGGAGAAAACGUAUUUAUGAACCACCGAGCUUAGUUUGGGAUAUGUUAAUCAGUUUGACCAUGAAGGAGAGAUCCCAACAUAUGGCGUUUCAAAGACUUGUUUAGUCGGCACACAGAGCUUCAUCCUGUGCUGAACUUGAAGUCAUUAAAUUAAAAGUAAUUUGAUGAAGAUUUUUUAAAAAUCGAUUGAUUAAAUAUGGUGCAGAUUUUGUCCUCGUUCAUAACUUGAAUUAAAGUUAAAAUCAGAGUACAUUCUCGACUGUUUAUGACUUAUCUUUGUGCAACAUCGAUUAUCAGGCCCAACAACGACGAUAAAGCCCCAGCUGUUUAUGAAUGUCAUAUUUUAUUACAGCUUAUCAUUUCCUCAAAAUCAAUAAAAUGGUAGAUAAAUACCAAACAUAUGGUGGUACUGGCUUUUGUGACCCAUAAAAUACCACAUUUUUCACAUCCCUCCAACCAAGACCCCAUUACUUAUCUACGAUACACUGCCAGCAGUUUCACUAGACUUUAAACAAACAGUCUUAAUUUGUAUAAUAGAAAAUGCAAUUUAUGUAAUUAUGUGGAUCUCCAUUAGCUGCUACCAAGGUUGUGUUUACUCUUCCUGAGUCCACUUAUCCAAAAAUGAACAAGAAUCCUCACAGAUUACAUCGUUAAAAUCAGUGUUUCAGCAGUUCUGGAGAGUCAGAGUGUAAAAAAGUCUCUGAAAGCAUGUCCAGUAGUGGCCCAACGAUACGAUGUUAUCACGAUACUUGGGCCACUAUACGAUAUUACAGCGAUUUAUAACAUUUUACAAUACAGUGAGUAUUACGAUACAAUAUAUUACAAUCUGUACAAUUUUUUUUUAAUUUAGCAUUUGGCUUUCCUUCGUGUUUGUCUUUUUACGCUGUAUUUUGAUACUUUGUAAAUGAGACGAUACGAUCACCAAACAAAAUAUUGUGAUACGAUGCUGGAUCGUUUUUUUUCUCCCACCCUUAAUGUCCAGUACUGAAGUCGUGGUCAUCACUACGAAAGAUCAAACAGAACAUAAGGACUUUCGGAGAAAUGUUUCUUAAACUGCAAAACAAAAAGUGGUGACCUUUCUUUCACCUUGACCAACCUGAAGUUCUGUGCAGUUUGAUGGUAUUAGCACUUCUGUCGCAGUUUAGAGAAAGUAGAAAAAUACAAUCAGGUUGCUUUUGAAAUGGACAGAGGAUGUUUUUCAGUAUCCAUCCCAGACCGUCAAAAAAAGUCUCAUAGAUCAUAACAGUAUGUGAGACUGAUUGAACUGUUGUGAUUGAGGCUGUUUCAGACGUCUUUAACCUCGACCUUGAUCUCCUGUUUUUAUUAUCUAGUUUGAUAGAUGGAGCAAACGUAAUACCCCCACGGAGUGACCCACUCAACCCUGAUGGGUCUUUGAUUGUUAUCUGCUAGGCUGAGGCCUUAUCUUUGUCUGUCUGGAGCUCUCAGAGGAACCCUGGCUCUAAACACAUGCUGCUCUAAUUGACCUCAGCACUCCAAUGCUGAGUUUUCAUCCUUCAUGUACCAGAAGGGAAGAAAUUAAAAACCACUUCAGGUUUAAGUUGCCACUUAAAAAGGCUUGAUUAGUGUUAUGAAUAUUCUCUUUUUUGUCUACACUGUUACUCACAGCACAAAUGAAACUGUCUAUACACUCUAAUUUCUGUCAUUUGUCUCAUUGUCUUUGCAGCAACAGGUCAUCAGCAUAACUGGGACCGCUGCAGUCCCACAGAUUCAAAUCCAAGAGGCACAGACCUCCGUUCAACCUGUUAAAAAUGUACUCAAGCAGGCUGCAGUCAGUGCGAAACUGACCUCAGACCAGCCCAGAAUCCUUUACCAGUGCGGGGACUGUGAUGAACUUUUCAAGACCUUGGACCUUUGGCAGCAGCACCGCAAAGAAGGGUCAUGUCAGCAGUCUGCUGCUGGAGACGAUCCAAAACCUGAUUCACAACCUGAGCCAGACCCUGCUGCUUCUCAGAGCACCGAUGCAACUUUAAAUCCAGAUGAAUCUUCUGUCGCUCAGGAUGAAACAAGUGAAAAUGUAGCGGCAGAACAAGCUGAGCAACCUUUUGCAGAGGAAGAGGGUCAACAGGCUGCAGAUACUACUACUCCUCCAGCUCAGAGCUCUGAUCCUCCUGAUACUGAGGUGGCUGCUUUGAGCUCCAACCCUGAGGAAUCGUCUCCCAAGAGGAGGGGUGUGACCAAAAAGCCAAAGCCUGAACCUGUGCUCUUGUGCGUGGACUGCGGCUCAUGCUUCGGCCUGGUGUCUGAAUUGGUUGCCCACCGUAGGACCCAGCACGGCUUUGAGGAAGCUCUGCACCGCUGCUCUGUGUGCGGGGAAAGCUUCCUGAACACCACACUUUUUCUCUAUCACCGGAAGCAGCACAAGCAGAAAGGCGAGGAAAAGGUGGUUGUGGUUGCUGAAGGAGGAGUAGAGGAAGUUUGCGGUCAGACCAAUGGGACAGAUCGGCAGGCACAGGAUGCUGCUUCCACUGACGUUAGCCUCACCGCCAGUUUCUCACAGCCUGAGUUGUUCAUGUGCACCCAGUGUGGGGAGAGCUUCAGUAACGAGGGAGGGCUGAUCGGCCAUCGGCAGCAGAAGCAUGAGCUGACUGAGCCGCUACACCGGUGCCUCCAGUGUGGAGAACAUUUCAUGAACACCACCCAGUUUCUGUACCACCGCCGGCAGCACAGCUUCACGCUGGGGACAGAGGUGGAAGCUGGAACUGAAACGGGUGAUGAAACAGCCAUCACUAAACCUCAAGGCACCCCAAAGCGGCUGCUCUCCCCGACUGCUUCUGCUGGUGAAUCAGGUUCACCCCUCGCCAAGAGAAGCAAGCCAACUUUCAGGAUUGUGAGCGGUUCAAGUGUGCACAGAGGUGAGUUGAGAUGUUUGUUUUGAGGAGAGUAAGGCAUAGUUUGCAUGAUUUUGGGUCUUAAAUAAACUCGUUUUUGUGUUUGAAGGAAACAAAGGAUCAGGCAUCAAAGAGGAAUCAGAGAGCAGUGCUGCCGCAGACUCGGAUAACACCAACCACCCUCCACCUGCCAAGCUGCUCCAAGACUGGGCCCGCACUCCACUACCCCAUGUGUGCCCCUACUGUGGCAAAACCUUCACCCGGCGUGUCUUCCUCCGCACUCAUGUCUUCAGCCACACGGGAGAAAAGCUCUUUACAUGCAAGGUGCCAGUCAGAAUUUAAUCAACCUGUGUCCUCUCUUGAGUUUGAAGGAUAAUCCCCUUUGAUGUAAAUGUCAUCUCUGUCAUGUAGCUGACAUUUAUGAGAUGAUGUAAUGCUUUUGAAGUGGGUUUGGUUUGAGGAAAGCACAAUUUGAACCCCCAGCCUCAUUAUAUUUGACAGAUUAUGCGGUCCGUAUGUUCAAUACAAAUUACUUAAAAAAUGACACGAUGGGCUAUUUGAUGUCCAGUGUUUCUCCACAUACUGACUCUGUAUUCAUGAGCGAGGAGGGCCAUGGAGAAUAUGAAAAAACAUUUAAAAAUUACCUGAUUUAUGUUAUUUAUAAAUGGUCUGUUUUUGUUUUCUUCUUUAACUUAUUUUAGUCUGUGUCCACAGAUGACUUAAAUUUGAUUACCUUACAGGGCCUGACACUAACGUUUUUCACAAGAUGCACAUGUGCUUCUAAGUUGAAAACGUAAGGAGCUCACAAAGAUCUUUAAGGGCACAAUGGAAAUUGAUCAAAUAAUGUUUGUCUUAUUGGUCGACAUAAGUACUCUUAUCUGAAAUCAAUUUUAGGUCAAUUGGUCACCUGACAUAGAAGCUAUUGUGGAAAAUGUUCAAAAUUUCCCUUUAAAUUCAACACAAAAAUUUUUGGAGGACAAAUUAGGGAAAUAAAGAAGAGUGUCUUAUCCUUUUGCCUUAGUAUUAUUAUUUGAAAUCAAUUUUAGGUCAAUUGGUCACAUGACAUGGAAGCUAUAGAAGGAAAACAGCCUUUUCUGAGAACAUCAACCGGUAAUUUAUUGAUGGUCCCUUAUUCAACACCCGAUGUUGACAGCGAGGGUGCUGAGUAGAUUUAACACGCUGCUGUUGCUGUUCUGUUGCCGGUUAUGGAGAGUGAGAAGACACCGGUAGAUCCACAGUGAAAAACAUUUGUUGCAUUGGCUGAUUUUUAAAAAAAAAAUGUAUGCGCAUAUGUGCCCCUAAAUACAUUUUACAAUUCGCACACAUCUAUUUUUAGUUGCAGAUGCGAGUGAAAUGGUCUCACUGUCGAGCCCUGCCUUAUUUCAGAGCUUCUCCAUACGGCAUGUCUUCUCCAAGUUACAGCAGGCGAUCUGUGUGUGGAUGAGACUUGAUUAGGACGUAGUAUUAACAUGUAAGUUAGUGCAGACUGACAUUGGAGGGAAACAGCUGCACUAAGCCUUUCAUACUGCGAUGUGAAAGUGUUUAUAUUUAACAUAAGAUGGUGCACCACAACCUUAGCUGUUCCAGGAGGACUCACUGUAGGGCCUCUCUUUCACAUUGACCACCUGAGGAGCAUGUGUCAAACACUGCAGGCUAUCAGACGCAAGAGUGAUGAGAGACCGUCUUAAUCAAUGGUUGCAAUGGUGACCUUUCUGUGAAUAGAGUGUAUCAAUAUUCUGCAUUGUACUUAAGGUAGAAUCCAUGCGAGGAAAGCAGUGAUGUAAUUUUGAAACUUUUAAGGGAUUAUUGAAUACAUCUCCUUCGUUAUUGUUUCCAUAAAGGUUUGCACAAAGUCCUUCGCUAACUCCCAGAGCCUGCUGCGCCACAGUAUGAGCCACACCGGCAACAGGCCCUACAGCUGUGAUGUUUGUGGCAAAAACUUCUCCCAGGCAGCCACCCUGAAGAGGCACCAACGUAUUCACGUGUCCACACAGCCACGACGCAAGCGUGGACGCAAACCGGUACAGUCUCCACUACCAAAAUUGAAUUCCAAAAUGAUAGUAACUUACUGACGUUUUAGAUAACUUGAAAGCCUUCUAUUAUAUAAUGUGUGUGUGCAGGAGAAGUAUCUGCUGUUUUUUGACCUCAUCUGUUGUGUCCCUCACUGCAGGUGUGCAUUUUGGACAAUGAGGGGGCCGCUCAUCUUUUCUCAUGUCCUAACUGCCCAUCAAAAUUCAACACGGAGGAUCAGCUUAACCAUCACAAGUAAUGACACAAUAACAGUACCAGCCAGAAUGGUCUUCAUUUGCAUUUAUAAUAGUAGAAACUGCUGAAACAUACUGUAGAAAUGUAAUGAACUUAAAACGAUGUUCUCUUCCACUCCAACAGUCUUGAUUUCUCUGUGAAUAUUUUCAGUUAUCAAUCAUUUCUAACCUUGUUUACUGAGUUGAUACGCCAGAUUUAUGGUUCGAAAGUGAGCUCAGGACAGGAUUUAGAUAAACCUCCUUCUGCUUGCCUGGAGCCGUAGUCGCAAAGCCGUGUCAGUGUCAGUGUCUGUGCACAGAGUUAGACCUUAAAGCUGUGUAGUAAACGUGCUGACCGAGAUGUCUGCCUGCCCUUGAGCCUCAGAUACAUAUGAUUGACAGACAGAGGCCGAGGAAAUUAAGAUGAUGAUGAUGAUGAUAAACCCGGGACAGGGGAAGAGCCGCCUGGUCCCGCCUUCGCUGUCUGGAUGGGCUUUAUUGGCCUUGGCGAGAGCACAUCGGACAUUAAAAUGGUGUCUGCUGGGUUGAGGCACAGACGUGUCAGUAGUAACAUUUGCUGCUAUUUUUACCAGGAUGAUAUAGAUCUACAUGUGGGUUGAAAUGUGUCACAGUGAGAUCUUUCAGUCUGUCCUCUACAGUUAGUGUACUGUGAGUCAAUGUUCAGCAGAAAAAAAGAUGAAAAAAUCCAUAGCCCCCUAAAAUGUUUCACUGUUCGGAUAGUUGUUCAAGCUUGACUCGCGGUUAUCUUGAUAUUGACUGGUAAAAAUCAGUGAGCUGUUCUAGCAACAGAGAUGCUCUGAUCCAAAACGGACAUUGGAUGUUGACUUUUUCUUGUAUAUAUUUGUAAUGUAUGCAAACCCUGUGUUUUCAGGGUCUGUUGUAACACUGCAGUAACAAAAAGUUUCCAGUCUAGCACAGUGAAAUAUGGGCUUAAAAUUCAAUAUAUGUCAGUUUUAUCUUCAGUAUAACUGUUUGAGUUGGAUUUUGUGGAAACUACUUGACAUCUUCUGGCUAAUGUCAGUCACAAUAGCUGGAAGUCGAGUUUUGGGGAAAUUGCCUUUCAUGAGAUGGCAAAGAUGACAGUUUCAAACUGUUUCAUUUUAUCCUAAAAACAGUCCACAAACUUUUAAUAUAUACAUAUAGUUAAAAUGUAAACCUGGGUAGCAGAGAGUUUCAUAUUAGUUUGAAGGCCCCAUAUGCAGAAAAUGCCAAAGUCAUCCCCUAGAAACAUAUUGAAUGCACACUGCCUCACUUAUGGUACAGGUAAGUCCACUAGAGGGCGUUAAAGAGGAGAGUGCGACGCAUAAUUUUCAAUUAAUCAUAUACUUUCUUUGUCAUUCUUGUACAGCAAACUAGCUUAGCUUGUGAGAGACUGCUCUUUGAGAGGGAAUGAAGAAAGACUUUUAUUACAUUUAUUACAGUCUAAAAUAUGUUUUUUUUCUUCAGAUUAUUAAGUAUAGCUGUAGGUAUGUGAAGAAAAAGUAAAAAAAAACAGGUUAAGUUUUUCCCCCUGAUUUCCAACCAACAUCUACCAUCUUAAUCAGUAAAUAGAAUAUUUUUGGACUACAUUAAAAUGAUCAUUUCCCAUUUUAAGAGUUGAGAAAAAUCGUAUUAAUGUGUCUAUUAUUCAAGUUUUAGCACUGUUUCUGGCGUGUACCUGAUUGAUCGAACUGUUCUCUUUAUCCCGUACUAUUUUGGUUUGUUAAAGAAGAUCUGACCUAGAGAGGAGGUGACCCUGACUGAAGCUUUAAUCCCCCCCAACCGCCUCAGGGUCAGCUGUCCACGAAUUAUUGAUUUCUCUUGUCUAUUUAACAGUAAGCACAAAAAUCUUGGCCUCAUCUGAAGGCCAUAUGAGGUCCUUGUACAUCACCUCUAACACCCUGCUUUGCUUUAAGGGACUCAUGUUGUAAAGCACGUCUAACAUUGAGAUGCAGCACUGUGAUUUACAGAGAAUAAUACAAAUACUUGUAUCUCUGCCCCCUUUAGCAAAUCCUUGUAUCUGCUUUACUUGAACACCAGCUGUAUCUGCCCUGUCUGUGAAGAGCUACAAAAAAAAGUACUGUACGUUUCAGACCAAAUGCAGCAUUAGGUGAAUACAUCCUAACACUUCUCUCCUCCCCUUAGGCUACAUCCAGAGUAAUGUUAUGCAAUAGAUAAAUAUAGUCUUUCAUGUCCUAGCUCUGGGUCCUCCUCGUAUUUACUGCUGUUCCUAUAUCUUCAGCUGAUACACACUCAGCUGAUGCCCUUUAUUCAACCCAAAGCGCUGCUAAGCACAUGCUUGCUGGUUAUCCUUCUACGAGUCACACAUAAGGUGGCAGCAUAAAACUUAAACACAACUUUGCUCUCUAACUCUUAGUACACAUCGUAUUGGUUUUUCUUGAGGAACUUAUAUAUAGUCAGUUGACAAAGCUGUUACUAUGCCGAUUACCUGUACCCAUGAAAUGCAUCAGUCCUCUUUCUUGAUCCUGCGUCAUCUUCGUUUUCAUUCAGUUUGUUGGCAGAAGGAAAUCUGAGAGUAUUUCUUAAGAGUGCAUGAAUGGUGUUCUGAAAGGAACUGCCGUACAAUUACUCCAAGUAGUUAAAUCCAUUUCACCAAAAGAACCAAAAGAACGUCAAUCUCUGCAUCUGAAGAGUCUCUCUUUCUUCUUCUUCUUCUUCUUCUCGCGCUGUCAAUUUGCGAUUGAUCGACAUUGAACACACGCAGCUGCCUACAACUAGAGCUUAAGAUUCACAAAUGCCAUGGAAAAAUAAGUAGGUUUUUAGUACCAAGGAUUUCAAUGUGUCCACAAAUGUAUUCACAAUCCUUUCUUGAAUGUGACCCAACGUUUAAAAGGUGUUUUUGUUUUUUGAAAAGACUCCUACACACCAGCCAUCCAUUCCCUUGCCCUGAAUGUGGAGAGGCCUUCAAACGCAGGAAAGACCUGGACCUGCACUCUCUCACUCAUCAAGGUGAGAGUUCAAGGCCCAGUCGGGCUUUUCAUCUGUAUGACACAACAGCCAUUAAGGCUCUGCUCUGUACUUAAACAUCUUUUUAUGACACCUUCAGUUUCUCUUAACGGGACCAAACAUGGUGAACAUGUCAGGUAAUCAAAUGCGAGCUCCUUUGCUUGCUUGUUAUGAAAACCAAUUAGAUAUGAUGUCUUUAUCAGUACAGCAUGCAGUGGAUUCUAUUGAUUAAUGCAAACACAGCCGUAAAUGUCCCCAUCAGCUCACCUGGGUGGCCUAUCUUGUUUAUUUACAAACAUACAGCCAUAUUAUAGGAGCAUUGUUCCCCUGAUGCAUUAGGUCAAUGACUUUCCAUUGAUUUGCGUCCCAUGUGUAACAGAGGAGGAAGGUGGAGGUAAAUGAAUUGGGGGGCGUUGGAUCGUCAACCUCAUUAGUUAAGCCUGAAGUCAGCGUGGAGCAGAGGUCAGAGGUAUGGGGCUCUUCUGAGAGAGAUGAUUGGAGGGAUUGAUCCAUUGAUCAGUCCAGGGCCAUCGGCUGAGAUUGUCCUUAUUAAAGGUUUAAUUAGCGGGUCCCAACAGGGAGCAGCACAGAUCACCCCCACUGGGAUAAACAGUACAGAUGGUUAGCAGAUUGCAAGAUGUUGGCGUGACGACCUGUAGUCAUGCCGGCGAACCAUCAGUGUCAGCGUUUUCCCAGCCAUGUAUUCAAGAGCAACCCAGUGAGAGUAGGGUUGACUUUGCCAGAAUACAACCAGGGCACCUUCUGAUUAGAGCCGGAGUGAUUAGACGAUGAGCCACGUGAGUAGACUAAAUUAAAAAAUAGCCAUUGUACACCGUGGAUUUUGUCACUAAAUCAAAGCUUCCAGAAGUUGCUUAGUUCUCAGCUGUAAGUGGUUUUUGAUGAUAAUAUAUAGAAAUAUAUUUGUAGUUUUUGACUUUUGGCUGGAGAGAAAAAAACUUUGCAUUGAGUACAAUGAGAGGAAAAUGUGAUCUGUAAUUCUUCCAUUGAAUUUAUUUAUAAUAGCGCUGUUGAUCAAUUCGAUGCUUGUAAGUAGCUGCCGUACAGUUAAUAAUGCUGAAACACGGCGGUGAUUCGCAUUGUUGAUUUGUAUUAAAUGUCAUAAAACCUCAUUCCAUCAAGAAAUGUCCUCAGAAUUCUUGUUUUGUCUCGCUAACAGAACAAAAACAUCCAAAAAAAACUAAUACGAACAAAACAGACCUUUGUUUUGUCACAGCCAACAUUUUGACUUGCAGUAAAAGGAAAAGCCAGUGUGUGACUCGCAGCAUUUAUUUCAGUGUCACUCUUUUCUAUUGUUUCAGUAAUCCAUGACAGAAGGACAAUGAGACAAGGGCCCUGAAGCAGCUACAUGCAGUUCAGCCGUCAUUAGUUUUUAUUAUUUUGCACCUGUUCCUCCUACGGUGUAGUCAGACUUUUCUCAUGGAAAUGUCUCCUCAACAUGCUCCAUCCCUAAACCCUGUGGGCUCCAGUGUCAGAAGUGAACUCUGUUGUCUUGAUAAGCAGCCAGUUACUAAUAAAUAAACUCAUGACUGCAAUCAGACAUUAUUAAAGGAGCUGUGUUUUUAGUGUGAACACAGAACAACCUGACUACAACUUGACAAUUUCCCAUUACAGACAAGCAGCCGGCAAUGUGUCCUCACUGUUCAUCCCAGUUUGUGAACCAGUCUGUGCUGGAGAUCCACAUGCAGCGUUGCCCCACCACAGAAGAGGAGAGAAACACCGGUCGUGGACGGGGUCAGGGCCGGGGACGAUGCACAGGACAGGUUGGAUCACAGAUUUGUUUGAAAUAAGGAUGUGUUCAGACGGAUUUGAAACCUAAUUAUUAAUUCAUGUUUCACACUACAUUUGAGAGUUUUCUGAACUGGUGGCAUUUUGUCCAGACAGAAAGAAAUUUGUGAGGUUAGCUACAGGGAGACUGAAUUUCAACAAGAUCUCCAGUAGUUAUCAAACUGUGACAUUAUUAUAUUUUACAUAAACCUUAGAGACAUGAAGUUUUAUCUUCCAUCAGUUAUCGUCUCGCUCCUCUCGAUUUCCCUUACCAUCUCUUUUUAUUCCCUUUUUGUCUCUCUCUUUUUUUUCUCCCCGCUUUUCAUUUAGAUUGAGUGUGACCUAUGCGGCCAUCGCUGCAUGACCCAAGAGGGCCUCGACCUCCAUCGUUUAUCCCACACGGGCCAGACCCCUCUCAAAUGUCCUGUGAGUCCUUGCCGCCGCCGAUUUACCUCCAACAGCACACUGGAGCAGCAUGUGCUGGCCCACUUCCAGGGGAAACUCGGCAAGUCGAAAAGCCGACCCCGCUUCCGCUGUCAGAUUUGCCACAAGGAAUUUGCCUACAAUUCCACCUUCAAUGUUCACAUGAGGACGCACACCGAUGAAAGGCCCUUUGAGGUAAGACCGACGGCGGUGUCAUGUGUCAUCAUAGCUUCAAAAGAAGUCUUCGUCUGACCCUCUGUGGAUCAUGUUCUGUCCUUUAUACAAGGCUUUCAACCUGUAUGUCAAAUUAAAAUCCAGCACUGCCCAAUUUUUACACUUGUUCACAGCCACGGCCAUGUCACCAGAUCUCCUCCACGGUCAUUUGUGCGAUGUGUGUCCUAUGGGUGUUCCCUCCCUCCCUCCCUUUGUACCUGUGAUUAAUGGCAGAGCUGAGUUAGGGCCUGUCAGCUCCCCUCCGUGCCUGUUACUAUUCUGGGACCCUCUCUCUCUCCCUCUCUUUCUCUCUCUUUCUGCUGCUGUGGUGAUGAGGCAGGACAUCAACUAUAGACCCACCCGAGCUCAUCAAAGCACCAAUGACUGUACAAUUGAUUGAAUGUUUGUGGCUUCGCUUUGAGUCAUUUUCUAUCAGGCGCAGGGAGGUUGGAGGAGUAUCGGUCCUCCACCACACAGGCAGUCAUUUAGUGUGAGAUUAUACUCUUUACGUUUCACAUCCAGCCGAUCACUUCGCUGGGUGUAUAAAGAGCAAACUCAACAGGAGAGGUAAUUUUGUGAGAGUUUAUCUCUGAGAUACUGAAUCAGCAUAUCUGACAGCAGGGAUUACAGUUUCAAUCUCAGUGUCCCCAGUUGGACUCAAAGCAAAGCACAACAAAGCCAUCGUUACGUCGUGCUUCAGGUUUAAUCAAAUAUCGAGUAGACGACCAGUGUUUGCACUCAUGUGGUUAGUGGACGACAAGCAAGGCACAGCUGUGGAACUGUUGAUGUUAUAACUUUAUUGGGAAACCACUGAGCUCAUUAAUUACUUAUAUAUUUUGCAUUUUCACAAGAGUGAGAAUAACUGCAUUUCCUCAUGUCCUUUAUCUGUGCUCUCCAGUUUCUUCAUUUUGGCUCCCCCUUUCUCUUUAUCUCUCUCCUAGUGCGCCACUUGUGGGAAACGCUUCCGCCAGCUGCCUCAUCUGCAGGACCAUGAGCGUAUCCACAGUGGCCUGCGGCCCUUCUGCUGCUGGAUCUGCGGCAAGAGUUUCAGUGUGGCUGCCCGGCUCACCGAGCAUGCCCGCACCCACAGCGGAGAGAAGCCCUACCCCUGUUCCCACUGCCCCGCCGCUUUCCGCUCUCGCUCCAACCUGGACAAACACUUCAGGCUACACGGAGACCUGCCUCUGGAGGAAGCUGCGCAGGCCGCUCAAGCAGCCGAGGCUGCACAGGUCCAGAAGGUCCUGGAGGGGGCUAAGGUGCUGUCUUCUCUUGCCACCACAGGGGAGAUAGAUCAUGGAGCAGUGCAAACCAUCUAUGUACUGCAGGGGACUGAGGGCGGCGCUGAGACUGUCAUGAUCCCCUCUGAUCAGCUCGCUGGCAUGGAGGGCGCCUCACAGGUUGUCAUCCUGCCGUCUUCUGUCCUCGGAGCUCAGGGAAUAACCGUUCCCACCAUCACUAUGGAUGGAAAUGAAAUUACGAUGGUGGAGACGAGCCAGUCCCCUCAGCAUGCGAUUGAGUUCAUAGUGGAGGAGACCGUAUGAAGAAAAAUCUAAGUUAUGGAGGAAAGAAUAAGAGGCAGAGAAGGAAAGAAAGAUUAGCUGAGAUUAUAUAUACUGAUGAAAUGAGUUUGACAAUUGAAGAUGUGUUGAUUAUUACCAUGACAUGUCUAUAGUUUGAUAGGUAAGUCCCAGACCAUGUAGAAAUCAAGAUAAUUGUAAAGCAGUGUUGAUUGAGUGUAAAGUAAAGAAUUAAAGGUUGACACACAAAUGAAACCCUGAAAAGAGGUGAAUGUUCCUUAAAUUGGUCUUUCAAACUGAUUGAAAAAACAGGUAGUAAAAUUGGCUCUCAAUCCUCGACCAGCAUUUACAGCCCGGCUUUAUUAAAGGAGCAGCAGUGGUGGCCCAUGAAAUGUCUUCUGCUGUCCUUAUAAUAAAAUGCUUCAGCUUUCACACUUGUGAGCGUCCAUCACUUUAUAAGGGUGGAUGACGUGAGGCCCUUGCCCUCAUCACAUCAGGUGGGAUGGACUUUAUUGCCUCGGCUGUAAAUUGCCACUUGUGCCUUUUGACAAAUAAUACGAGGUCUUCUGUCGAGAAAUAGACUGAUCCACUCAGCAGAAGUCGGAGUGCUUAUCAGUCCACCCGGUUUCCCUCUGUCACGUGCACGUUCACGUUUAAGAUGAAAUGAUUGAGAGUGGCGUGUAUAGAUCAACUCUAAUGUUUCAAUAACUUGUAUGACAAUAUUUAUUGAUUGCUUCUGCUGUAAUUAAAUACAGGAAUGACUGAGAUUUAUGAUGAUCUAGUUGAAGUAUAGCAUUAUGCAGUGGCAAGGAGUGCAGUGAAAUUACCCAGUGCUUGCUGUAUAGUUAUAGAAAAUAAUGAUCCUAUUUGUGUCUGAAUGGGAAGAGGUAUGGUAUGAUAUAAGUUUUGCUAGCGCUGCAGUCGCCCAUUAUAGGCUUCUAAAGUGCAGUGUAUGGCUGUCUCCCACCCAGUGAUUGCUGACAUGGGGGUUUGAACCACACACACACACACCGGCACUCGGUCUUACUUUGUUUUCAUGUCAUGGAGAAAGAAAUGCUGAUGAUUGUGUGGGGAACUGGAAUGGGAAAAUGGCAGCAUUUCUGUAGAGUGAGGAGUGUAUCAGGAAAUAGAGGGCUCCCGAGGAGCAAAAAUAAGCCUGUGCCAAGAAUGUAGCUGCUCCUCAUUGCUUUUCUGGGAGAGUCAACAGGCAACCAGUCGAUAAAUACAUGUUUUUCCCUUCCCAGGGAAUCUAGAGAGCUGAUAUUCUGCUCGAGUGCCGUUUAUCAUACCUGCUGCCUAACAUGGAAACUGAAAACACACAGAUGUGAAAUGGAAUUGUUGAUGCUGGAGGGGAAAUCGUGAGAGUCCUAUGCUCUCCAGAAGCAGUUUGACUGCUGUGUAAUGGUCUAUUUGUUGAACAGAAGACGGCAAAUUGUAUGACUGCAUCCAACCCUUUGCCCAGCUUGUGCCGGUGCUGUAUCCUGGUGGUUGGCUUUUUCUUCAUCUUUGCUAGUGCUGAGUUUAAAUGACCAAAAAGAGCAUUUUUCCCUCUUACAGCUGAAAGGCUAUAUUUUGGCAGACUGAUCUCGUUUGAUUUGCAUUAUAACCGUUUCACUCCUGAAAACAGCUUCACUUAGACUGUCAAUGGAGAGAAAUCAGACAAAUACAGCUGCUGCUUCUUGAGAAAUGUACAUUAAACAAAGUUUCUAAUGUGAAUAUAAUCCAGUGUCAUCUGGGAAAUGAACUUGAUUAUAAAAUGGAGACUUAAAAAUUAAGCAGGCAUCUUUUAUAAGUUAAAAGAAGAAGCAAGAAGAAAAAACUUCAUUAGGUAAUAAAAAUAUUUUGUUUUUUUGAAAAUGUUUAAACUAAAUACCGUCUUUGUUUGCUGUCAUUGAUAAAAAUAUAAACAUACCAA